AGUUUAACGUUAGGCUGACUAGGACGCCAAAUCAUCGCACACGUCAGCGACAAAUCAGCCAAAUUUGCCACGUAGGUGACACGUCAUAUUUUUAAUUUAAAAACAAAUGAAAAAAUUCAUAUAUUAAAUUUCAAAAAAAAAAAAAAAACAAUCGUCUGCAGCUGCUCCAUCUGCGAUUGCCACUUCCCGUCGUCGGCUUCUUCUUUUCCAAACCCAUAUCCAUCUUCCGACGAAGAUUUGGGGCGAUCUCUGCAAAUCGAGACACUUUCUUCAUCUCCCACCGCCAACAAACCCCCCUCAAUUCCACUGUCAAAACAGAGACACUUUCUCAUUCUCCGUCUUCCAGCGGCGGCAGCGGCAGUACUUUGAGCAAGAGGAAGCCACCCAUGUCCAAAAUCACCAUCCCAACCACCACCAGAGGGGGUCGCCGGAGACCAUGGGGAAAUACAUGGCGGAGAUUCGAGAUCCCGCCAAAAAGGGGGUCAGGGUCUGGCUGGGGACGUUCGAUUCCGCCGUCGAGGCCGCCAAGGCGUACGACAGCGCCGCCUUCCGCCUCCGCGGCAACAGGGCGAUCCUCAAUUUCCCGCUCGACGCCGGCAGGAAUUCGGACUCUCCGGCAGUUUCAAUUCCCCCCGAAUCGGGGGGAAUUGAGCGGCUGUUCUGGCGGGAUUAGGAAGAGGAUGAUUGGGGAAAUCGAGGGCGGUGGUGAGGGGAGUUUGAAGGCGGUGAAGGCGGAGAACCAGUCGUCGCCGGCGGUGGCGCAGGGUUUGGGGGAACCGGUGCCGUUGACGCUGUCGAGCUGGAAGGAGAUCUGGGACGGGGAAGUUCUGACGGCGAUAAUGGAGAUGGUGGACAGAUGGGGAAGACGAAGUAGAUGAGAGCGAGAGAGAUUUUUGUUUUGAAUUUGGGAAGCUUCAAAAGAAGAGAGAAAAUCCCAUGGUGGAAGCUUCAUCUUUUUCCUUGCUUGCUUUGGUCCGCCAUUAAUGGUGGAUCUGCUCGAGUUCUUGCAGAGGCACAUUGGAAGGAGAGAAUUUGUUUUGGCUAUUUUUAUUUAAAGAAAUUACAAUUUUAUUU